CCUUCUCUGACAUCGCUUGUUCAUAUUACCAACACUUUUCACGACAUGGCCGCAUCUGCCAACAGUGCCCCCAUGGACAUCGACGAAGCUACGAUCGAUGAGGGUCUGUACUCUCGUCAACUGUAUGUUCUGGGACAUGAAGCCAUGAAGCGCAUGGCCGCAUCUAAUGUACUAAUUGUGGGUAUGGAGGGUUUGGGUGUCGAAAUCGCCAAGAAUAUUGUACUCGCUGGCGUUAAGUCUGUGACCAUUUACGAUCCCGAGCCUGUCCGUAUCCAGGAUCUCAGCACCCAAUUCUUCCUACGGGAGAAUGAUAUUGGAAAACCUCGCGCGCAGGCGGCUGUCGGUCGUCUUGCGGAGCUAAACGCCUAUGUUCCUGUCCGAAAUCUUGGUGGAGUAACAGGGCAGCCUAUUACUGUCGACCUUGUCAAAGGGUUUCAGGUUGUGGUCUUGGUGAACAUGCCGCUGGAGCUCCAACUGGAAAUAAACGACUGGACACAUCAAAAUGGUGUACAUUUCAUCGCCGCAGAAAACCGUGGUCUCUUCGGAUCAGCAUUCAACGACUUUGGACCUAAGUUUACCUGUGUCGAUCCAACGGGGGAACAGCCAUUGACGGGCAUGAUCGUUUCCGUUGAUAAUGAUAAGGAGGGGCUCGUCACCUGCUUGGAUGAGACUCGGCACGGUUUAGAGGACGGGGACUUCGUUACUUUCGCCGAAGUGAAGGGCAUGGAACAGUUGAAUGGGUGUGAGCCUCGAAAGAUCACUGUCAAGGGCCCAUAUACCUUUUCAAUCGGGGACACCACGGGUUUAAGCGAAUACAAGUCGGGAGGCAUUUUUACUCAAGUGAAGAUGCCGAAGAUCUUUGAAUUUAAAUCUCUUCGGGAGUCAUUGAAAACUCCGGAGUUCUUCGUUACAGAUUUUGCAAAGUUUGACCGUCCUGCGACUUUGCAUGCUGGAUUCCAGGCUGUCUGGCAGUUCAAGUCUCAUAAUCAGCGAUUCCCCCGCCCAAGAAACAACGAGGACGCUGCUGUUGUAGUAUCUUUAGCCAAGAAGAUAGAUUCCGAUGCAGACGAGAAAGUUUUGACAGAGCUUUCAUAUCAGGCCAUUGGGAAUGUCUCUCCUCUGAUUGCCGUCUUGGGUGGCUUUGUCGCGCAGGAGGUCCUGAAAGCAUGCUCGGCCAAGUUCCAUCCCAUGAUCCAGCACUUGUACUUUGAUUCGCUCGAGUCGCUGCCUUCUAAUAUUCCCACCGAAGAGGACUGCCAGCCUGUUGGUUCUCGAUAUGACGGGCAGAUUGCUGUUUUCGGUAAAGUAUUCCAGGAAACUAUUGCCAACCACAGGCAAUUCCUCGUUGGUGCUGGCGCUAUUGGUUGCGAAAUGUUGAAAAAUUGGAGUAUGAUGGGUCUUGGGUCUGGUUCAAAGGGCGUCAUUCACGUCACUGAUCUGGAUACUAUUGAGAAGAGCAACUUGAACCGUCAGUUCUUGUUCAGAGCAAAGGAUCUCGGCCACUUCAAAUCCGAGGUUGCCGCUGCCGCUGUUUCAGAAAUGAACCCUGAUCUCAAGGGCCACAUUCAAAGCAAGCAGGAACCAGUGGGUGGUGAUACGGAGAAUAUAUACGGGGAAGACUUCUUUGACGGCGUCGACGGUGUGACUAAUGCCUUAGAUAACAUCAAAGCCCGACUGUAUAUGGAUCAACGUUGUGUCUUCUUUGAGAAGCCCCUGCUUGAAUCUGGAACGCUCGGAACAAAAGGAAAUACCCAGGUCAUCAUUCCUCACUUGACGGAGUCUUAUGCAUCUUCGCAAGACCCACCGGAGAAGGAAACACCUUCUUGCACCGUUAAGAAUUUCCCAAACGCCAUUCAGCACACCAUCGAGUGGAGCCGCUCGGAGUUCGAUAACCUGUUUGUGAAACCAGCGCAGGCUGUCAAUUCAUACCUGUCGGAGGCCAAUUUCCUAGAGAGUACCCUGAAAUAUUCUGGCCAGCAGAAGGAGCAAGUCGAGCAGAUCGUUUCCUAUCUUGUUACCAACAAGCCGAUCACUUUUGAGGAAUGCAUAGUGUGGGCUCGGUUGCAAUUCGAAGAGAAAUAUAACAACGCCAUCCGACAGCUGUUGUACAGCUUACCCGCGGAUGCUGUCACGAGCACCGGUCAACCCUUCUGGAGCGGUCCAAAACGCGCUCCCGUACCCUUGACGUUUGAUUCCAGCGAUCCCACUCAUCUUCAGUACAUCAUUGCCGCUGCCAAUCUCCAUGCUUUCAACUAUGGCCUUCGUGGGGAAACUGACGCAACUCUUUUCAAGAAGGUUGCAGAAUCCGUCCUUGUGCCAGAAUUCACUCCAAGGAGUGGUGUCAAGGUACAGAUCACCGAAACUGAUCCCGUAGAAGGCAGUAAUGAUUCUGGUGAUUUCGGCGAGCUUUCGAAACAGCUACCGGCUCCCUCAUCGCUUGCAGGCUAUCGGUUGACGCCUGUCGAAUUCGAAAAGGACGACGAUACUAAUCACCAUAUUGAUUUUAUCACGGCCGCGUCCAACCUCCGAGCCAUGAACUACACCAUCAAUCCCGCUGAUCGUCACACCACAAAGCAAAUUGCAGGCAAAAUCAUUCCGGCGAUCGCCACCACCACAUCCCUCGUCGUAGGAUUGGUGUGUCUCGAGUUGUACAAGAUUAUUGACGGGAAAAGGAAACUCGAGGAUUACAAGAAUGGCUUUGUCAAUCUCGCACUCCCAUUCUUCGGGUUCUCCGAACCGAUUGCGGCAGCGAAGAACAAAUACGGUACCACUGAGUGGACGCUUUGGGAUCGUUUCGAGUUCAAGAACGAUCCCACGCUGAAGGAGAUGGUCGAGUGGUUCCGGACCCAGCACAAGCUGGACAUCAGCAUGGUCAGCCAAGGUGUCAGCAUGCUGUGGAGUUCGUUCAUCGGGAAAAAGAAGAGCGACGAACGCUUGCCGAUGAAGUUCAGUCACCUGGUUGAACACGUUAGUAAGAAGCCCGUCCCUGCACAUGUCAAGAACUUCAUCGUCGAAGUAAUGGUAAUGGAUGAGGAUGGAGAAGACGUUGAGGUUCCUUUCAUUGUUGUUCGCAAGUAAGAUGAAGGCGACAUUUCUGACGUGCGUGUAUGAGAAUAGCAUUUGUAUCUACACAUAAAGUUGUACAAUUUCCUCAAUCCAAAGCCUCGUGCAUUUCUUUCUUUGAUGAAACUC